ACCUGUCAUCAAUUGUGAGACGGUGUGUCGCCCUGACUAUUCCUGGGAAUUAGAUCCCUAGACGCUGUUAGAAAGCUAGAAGGAGAUGUCUCUACGCUGCGGGAUCGUCGUCCGCACCGUGAGGCCCAGGGUAUUUGGAAAAUAUUUAUGCAAUCCAGUCAGAGCAGUUAGUUCCUUGCCAGAUAAAAAAAAGGAAGUUUUACAGAAUGGACCAGACCUUCAAGAUUUUGUAUCUGGUGAUCUUGCAGACAAGAGCACCUGGGAUGAAUAUAAAGGAAACUUAAAACGCCAAAAAGGAGAAAGGUUAAGACUACCUCCAUGGCUAAAGACAGAGAUUCCCAUGGGGAAAAAUUACAAUAGACUGAAAAAUACUUUGCGGAAUUUGAAUCUCCAUACAGUGUGUGAGGAGGCGCGCUGCCCCAAUAUUGGCGAGUGCUGGGGAGGGGGAGAGUACGCCACCGCCACGGCCACGAUCAUGUUGAUGGGCGACACAUGUACAAGAGGUUGUAGGUUUUGUUCUGUUAAGACUGCAAGAAAGCCACCUCCACUGGAUGCCAAUGAGCCCUACAGUACUGCCAAGGCAAUCGCAGAGUGGGGCCUGGAUUACGUUGUCCUUACAUCAGUGGAUCGAGAUGAUUUGCCGGAUGGAGGAGCUGAGCACUUUGCAAAGACUGUGUCACACUUAAAGGAGAGGAAUCCCAAAAUUCUUGUGGAAUGUCUCACCCCGGACUUCCGAGGAGAUCUGAAAGCAGUAGAAAAAGUUGCUCUGUCAGGAUUAGAUGUGUACGCACAUAACGUGGAGACGGUCCCAGAAUUACAGAGGAAAGUUCGUGAUCCCAGGGCGAAUUUCGACCAGUCCCUACGUGUACUGAAGCACGCCAAGGAGGUGCGGCCCGAUGUGAUUUCUAAAACCUCUAUAAUGUUGGGUUUAGGCGAGAAUGACGAGCAAGUGUAUGCAACAAUGAAAGCUCUUCGUGAGGCAGAGGUGGACUGUUUGACUCUGGGACAAUAUAUGCAGCCAACAAAGCGCCACCUGAAGGUUGAAGAAUACAUUACUCCUGAAAAGUUCAAAUACUGGGAAAAAGUAGGAAAUGAACUUGGAUUUCAUUAUACUGCAAGUGGCCCUCUGGUGCGUUCUUCAUAUAAAGCAGGUGAAUUUUUCCUGAAAAAUUUAGUGGCUAACAGAAAAACAAAAGCCCUCUAACACUUACCAAGACAUUCAAGAUCACAGGGAUUUUUAAAACCUUGAUUCCGUUUGCUGCCUGAGGUGGGGGCUGAAUGCCUGUGCGUCACUGGAUGAACCCAGUCUUUUGUUUCAAGGAAAAUGUCAAUAAGCUGUGCAUAUUUAAUGAUAGUUAUUUAUUUGUCUUUUAGUAUGUCUUUUUGUCCCAGUAAACAGUUACUUGCUAUGAUGUAAUCGUAAAACAUCUUUGUAAGAGUUUACUGUUACAGUAUAAUUUUAAAAAUACAUAAAAAACUUCUAGAAAGCCUUAAUUCUCUGUUACCUGUGCAUCAUUUCACUUCUGAUAAAUGACAUACUGUGAGGACACAACCAGUACAGAUUGAGACUACGAUCAGAUUAUUAAUAAUUAGCACGUGUUCUUUACAUAACAGUGUAACCUCAUCGGAAUAAUUUAGAAAGGCGUAAGAGUGCGAGUGCUGAGUUUUACAAUCGUGUGACUACAUUGGGCUUGCAGAAGAGGUGUGCCCUGAUUACUCGUUGAGGAUCGCAUGUGAAACUAGGACCGCGAUGCUGUCCACGACGGGGAAGUGUGACCGAAGAGGGUGUGCUGCCUCCACACGCACCGCCCCUUCAGUCCUCACAGCGCUCUGGUGAGGUGGCCGCAGGUGGCCUAGCAGUGACCUGAGGAAGGGACCUCCUUCCCAAGUACCAGGAGCUUUUGACUCUGACUCCUUUCUGCUCCAUCUCACAAAGGAAGUGUGUAGGUGACUAUGUUGUAAAAUAUGUAAUGUGGAGAGCCAGUUCUGUUUUGAAUUUUUAAAUGUUCACUAGGAUGUUUUAUAAAGGUAAGGCGUAACUUUGAAAAUUAGUUACAUUUUAAUGUAACUCACAGGGGUCAUAUAUCCUUUGAUUCAGUUUCAAAUUUAAGCAUCUCUGAAAUGAUCCUCCUUAAAAUCUACUCUUUGACAGGAAUAAUAAAUUAGAAUAUAUUUCCUAAUUUUGCACAAUGGAGGCAAAUGGUAAUGAAACCUUUUAGCAGAAUACUUUAUCAAGUGAAACUUUCAUGAAAUCCCAAUGUAAAAUAAUUAAAAUGGUACUUUGUUAGCACAAUGUAUGUUUCAGAUUGGUGACAACUAUGUAAUAGUGGCUGAAAAUAAAGCUGUUUUGAUACAA